AUUUGUAUAUUUUCUACUUGUCAGAGAGUGAUUUGCGCUGCGUUUGCCAAAAUCAAAAGAAAAAAAAUAGAAGAACGAAUUUCAUUAGUAAAUGGAUAACAAAAUAUUAAAAGAUAACUAAUUGUGAGCACUUAAUUUCUUUUCUAUUUUUAAUGAAGACUUUCUAAAGAAAACAUCAACCCAAAACGAAACCGUGGUGGAUAAUAACAACAACAACAGCAACAACAAAUUACAAUGCUAAACAGUGUAAAUACGUUGGAGUUUCUCAAACCGAAGUUAUCAAGCAUGGAUAAGUUCAAUACCACCUCAGCCACAAGGAUACACCAUCAGCCAACGCACAGUACUUACUGUACAUUUGUCACCAGUGCGGGCGAGACAAUGAAAACAACUCUAGCCAUGAUUAGUGAUCCCCUAAUCCCACUUAUGACGCAACAGCCUCUGCGACAGGAACGUGUUAAAGUGCAACACUUGGAGAAUCAUAGAAAACUACAAAAUAACAAUUGCUGGAACAAUUUUCGUACCAUGUUCAAAGGCCCCUCGUCCUGCAGCACUAUAGGCAUUAGCGGCGAUGGCAGUGUUCUCAGUGGGCUGGUCAAACAAAUGCAGAGUGACCAAGAUUUGGAAGUUAAUGAUGUGAAACAUACAAUCGAUAUACAAGACAAAAGUGCCUUUAAUUUAGAAUUUAAUCAGCGUAUUUAUAGUAGCACCAAUAGCAGCAAUAAAUAUAGCCAUGACUAUGGUAAAUCAUCAUCAUCAUCAUCACCGCGAGCAGUAGAAACAAACAAAAAUCAUUUGUACUCCAAACAACAAGAGCAGAACGGUUUUAUAAAUAAACAACCACAACCGAAAGCAAUGAUGGUUAUUCUGCCAAGACGCACCGAAGAUCAAGAGCACGCCUACAGACGCAUUGAAAGUGUCCACAAUUAUGCCAAACUAAAGUCCGAUAAUCAAUCGCCAAACGGUAGUCGCCGUCAUAGCUUUGACGAAGAAUACGAGGAGGAGGAGGAGGACGACGAAGACGAUGACGACGAAGCAGAAGAUGAUAAUAACGAUGCCGAUUAUGAUGUCGAAGAAGAUGAAAUGAUCGAUCUAGAUGGCGACUAUGAAGAUAUUUUUAACCGCAGAAAAUUAUUUGCCAAGCUAUCACAGCCCUCCACACAUGGCUCAGUUAUUGUUGCCCCAAAGCUAUCGAAGCCCAACUAUUUGAUGACAUCACAAAAGAUACACUCCUUGCGCAAUACUGGCGAUGAGGAUAGUGAGUUGCAGGUUGAUGUGGAAACGAUCGAGAAUCAAGUCAUGCAUCAGCCGCUGGUUAUAAAUACCAGUGCCAAUGAUUCAACUCUGGCAAAACCAGAUCAUCAUGCACGCCGUCCCAUGAAUGCCUUUCUUAUAUUCUGCAAGCGUCAUCGUGCCAUUGUCAAAGAACGUUAUAAAACUCUGGAGAAUAGGGCCAUUACAAAAAUUUUGGGUGAUUGGUGGGCAUCUUUGGAGGCCAGUGAUAAAAUGUGCUUUACGAAUUUGGCUCAACAGAAUAAGGAUGCCUUCUUCUCGGCCAAUCCAAACUUCAAAUGGUAUAAACUACCGGCACCUCCACUAAGAACAUUGAGUACACGCCCCACUAACCUAGGCAUGGGCGGUGUAUAUGAUUACGAGGCAAGCGGUUUUGAUAUUAAACCUGAGGCUUCUGAGCCCAUCUGCAAUAAUACACGCAGCAAUAAUAACUACUUUAAAUUAGCAGACGAGGCACAAAUGGGUGAUUUAAGUCAAUUGAUGGAGGAGGACAAAACAAAAACAAAACAAUUUGCUUUGCAAGAAGUCUUGGGAGAAACCUCACAGUUCAUGAGGUCACACAUUACUGGCAGGGGCAUGGAAGAGGAGGCCCCAGCCAUGGAAGACAAAGAUAAACUUUUGAAACGCCGCCGCUAUCACAAUGAGAAUAGCUUCUCCAGCAAUAGCAGCGAAGAGGAUGCUCUGUUACCAAAGAAGAAAAGCGCCCGAACUUGUAAGGGCAAAAUAUAUCAAGAAUUGAUUAAUUCAGGCCAGAUUACAGCACCUGCCAUUAAGAGAACAAAAUCAAAUCCACGUGUAAUGGCCAGCGAAACCAAUGGCAGCUGUGCUCGUUUAGAUGCUAGAGAAACGAAACAGCCUCUGGAGGAACAACAAGUGGUGAAAUAUGACAUUAGUUCAGUGGCUGUGGUGGAACAAAAACCUGCUAUAAACCCUGAAACUGCUGCUGAAUCAAUGGAUUUGGCCCAUUUUGAUUUGGAAGAAAAGAUAAAAGAACUUCCAGCCUUAAGUUUAGAUGAAUAUUUGCAGCGUAAGCGCAUUACCAAGAAGAAAAAGAAAUUUCCCAUGAAUGGUAAAAAAAGGGGCAAUCGAGGCAACAACAAUGGCAAUGGCAAUGGCAAUAAAAACGCCAAUGUCUCUUUUGACUUGCCACAGCCAAUAUCCCCAAAUUCAGAGGCCAGCAGCAUAUUAAUGCAACAACAAAGAAGACAGCAACAGCAAGCUGCUGUGGGAAGCCAAAAACGUAAAGCACGCAAAGAGAGCAUAACACGACGUGAUGUUUCCGCCAUUGAGCAGGAGGUGACCUCAUUAUUGCCUCUUACCAUAAAUGGCUGCUGCUAUUUUCAAGAGGCUCCGGCAAUAAACUCUUACAAAACUAUGAAAAGUUUUGAUAAAGAUCCUCAGCAGCAGCAGAGUCCAACGGAUUACUUCAAACCGACAUCACCAAUCAUUCCUUUAAUGACUUCAUCAUUUCCACAAAAUCACACAUCACCUCCAUCAUCACCACCGCUACGGCCCACAGCCUCGGCAGAGUUGGAAAACAAUCACAACUUAAAUGACAAUAUUAUAUCGUCUACCUCAGAUUUACUCAUACUGGCCGAAGUCGCUGCCAAUCGCACUGAAAUAAGUAAUUAGUUCUUACAUAUAACAACAAAAUGAAAUGAUAGUUUAAGUCUAUAGGUAUGUUUUUAGAAAUCUAAAUAUUAGUCUCCCCCUUUUAUCCAUUUCCCUUAUCUCUAGUAUUUGCCUUCCAUUAAACAUCAACUAUUAGUUGGUACCAAAUUACUUACCGAACCAUAUGAGAUGAUUAAAAUUAGAAUUUCAUUUAACUUUUCUCCCCCACAAGUAGCAUACAAAUCCAAGUGGCGACACCAGCAAGUGUUUAAUGAUAUUAAACCUUAUGGGAACCUUAUGAGUAUAUAUAGGGUUGCCCAAAAAGUAAUUGCGGAUUUUUUAAAAGAAAGUAAAUGCAUUUUUAAUAAAGCUUACAAUGAACUUUAAUCAAAUAUACUUUUUUUCGAAAGCAAGCUAAAAGUAACAGCUGAUAACUGGCAGAAGAAAGAAUGCAAUUACAGAGUCACAAGCCGUUGAAAAAAUUUGUCAACGCCGACAAUUACUUUUUGGGCAACCCAUUAGUAUAUACUCAUGUGCUCUUAGGGAUCUGGCGAUCAAUUGAUCCUCCUUGAAGUGAUAGAUAGAUGACACAUAUAUUUUUAUAUCAUAUUGAAAAAAAAAUGAAUCCUUGCACGUUUGUGAUAUACAUACCUGUGCAAUACUUUAAUAUGCGGAAAGCAAAAAGAAGUGAAAAAAGGAAUAUCCAAACCAGAGUUAUGCGCAACAUUUAUUUUGUAUAAAAAUUUUUGAACAAGAACUAUAUGUUCUUGAGAAGAGAAAGGCUGUGAAAUCAUUGCGUGGGUGGUUUCCAUAUAAUAAACUAUAGUUUAAAGUCAAUAUUAGUUAAGCAUGUCAAUUGAAUUCGAUUCGAAACGGGUUUCUUUGGAAGUUUCCUUAAGUAUUUGCUCUUAAGAGGGACGACACACAGAUAUUUUUUUUUUGUUUUUACCUAAAGCUGCCCAAAAAAAAUAGAAAUCUUAGAAACAUAAAGUUGACCAUUGUUAUUCAUAUAUUUUUUUUUUUGGAUUUGUUGUAUGUAUAUUCUAUAUGAUUUUAUGGCAAGACUGUGUGCGGCAGCCACAACCCUGUACAUACAAUUGUGUAAAUCAUGGUCAUAGAAGCUAUUUAUUUAUGACCAUCGUUAGUAGUACAUAAAGCACCGACAUAGGGUUUGCAAUGAUAUACACGUACAAACUCAAGGCCUUCAUUAUAUAUCCUUUGUUAUUAAUGAUGUUAUUAAUAUAUUGUUUUAUAUAUAUACACAAACAUGUAUAUUUAAGAUAUCAGUAGGAGCAACGAUAGGUACAUGCAUAUUUAGUUAUCAAUCAUGUUAAUUUUCAUUUUUGUUAAGAGUCAAAAUGAUAUAUAUUUAAAUAAAGUUAUAUUAUUUUUAA